GAGCCAAUCCCAGCAGCCGAGCAGCACUCGGGGAUGCUUCACCUUUUAAAUUCAGGACGUUCUCCAUAGCCGGACGGUGGCGUAAAGUGGGCGGAGUCUGAGACAGCCGGAUGCCAGAGACAGUCUGACCGACAUGAGGAAGCGGGACGAGUCUGGACGAGCCCGCCUGGACAGUCUGGUCUGUGCAGCCCUGUCCAGUCUGGUGCUGGUUCUGCUGGGACUUCUGGGGACGGCCCACGGCUGUCCCGGUGUCUGCAACUGCUACGGCAACACCACUGACUGCUCCGGUGUCGGCCUCCUCUCUCUGACACCCGUCCUGUCCCUGCUGGACCAGGACACCAUCACGCUCCGUCUCCCCCAGAACAACCUCUCCUCCCUGGGCGACACAGAGCUGUCCAACCUCAGCAGCCUGGAGCUCCUGGAUCUUUCCCAGAACCGUCUCUCCGCCCUGCAGCCGGGAGCCUUCUCGGGCCUCGGCGGCCUGCGCUGGCUCAACCUCUCCGCCAACUACCUGGGGAUCCGCCUGGCGACCUUCGACCCCGCCAACAGCUCAGAGGCGGCGCAGGGCUCGAACGGAAGUCAAGGGAACCAACAAGGCUUAAGCAAGGAGACCUUCCAGGGGCUGUGGCGCCUCAGAGGGCUCGACCUGUCCUCCAACGGGCUGCAGUGGCUGCCGAAGGGUCUGCUGGACGGGCUGCAGGGGCUGGCCUGGCUGUCGCUGGCCGGGAACAGGCUGCGGGCCCUGGACAGAGCCACCUUCGAGCCCCUGCUGGGCCUCCAGCAGCUCCAGCUGGCCGGAAACCCCUGGGAGUGCGACUGCAAGCUGAGGGACUUCAAGCACUGGAUGGAGUGGAUGAUUUACAGGGAUGGGAAGGUGGAUGCGGUGCAGUGCAGCCUCCCGGGGGAUCUGAAGGGCAGGGACAUCCGCAGCGUGCCGGCAGAGAUGUUCAGCUACUGCCUGCAAAGCCCCACCAAGGAGGGCGCGUCGGGUUUUGGCACCCGGCCUCCCUGCCCGCCGGGCCGGGUCAGCAGCACCGAUGAAUGCGUUCGCCAACGCUACCGGCCCGUCAGCGUCCGGCGGGCGCACGGCACGCAGAUCGUGGCGGGCGUGGUUUGCGGCACGGUGUGCGUCAUGAUGGUGGUGGCGGCGACGUACGGCUGUGUCUACGCCUCGCUGAUGGCGCGCUACCAGCGGGAGAUGAAGAGCCGCGGCCAGCCUCUGAUGGCUGAGACCAGCGCCGAGGCCGACCCCGAGGACGGGCCCGUCUCCUGCCUGACCUCGCCGGACGAGCUGCCGCCCAAAGAGGCCGGCGGCAUUGUCCACGGGUAUCGAAUCAGCAGCUUCUGACCACACGGGUUUGGCUUCCGGAAAAGUUCUGGCUGCUUCUGCUCGUCUGCUCUCUUUACCGGAGAGAGAACAUGUGAAGAGAGCGAGCACUGCAGCGCUUUGGUUUCAUCUAAAGGACCGCUGAAGGGCCAGACUGAAUUCAGUGAAAGUGGAAUGCUGCAGCACUUCUUGUAAUGUAUGGAUGCUCUGUGAAUUGUUAAUCCCCGCGCUGCACAGCGCUGUGCCUCCAGCCAGCUUUACACCUCCGGAGCUGCUCUUUGGCACUUCUGCACCUUGGAUGACUUUCCCUCAUCUGUGUGAUUGUUUUUACUCAAGACAUUUGAAUAUUCCUUUUGUUCCAGUCAUCUUUAUUUAGAUUUAAGCCCGAUAAGCACAAGCUGCAAACGUAGACAAGUCCAAAUGACUGUGAAUCUAUUAAAUGUGUCGUUUCUCCUGGUAUUUGCUGCACACGUUUUCUUUUGUACUCAUCAUUUGUGUGUGUUUUUUUGUUCAUCCUCCACAUUUUCACCCGUUAGAGUGGCACAGACAUUCAGAGACGUUAGUAUGUGUAGGAUCUGUGAGGUUGGUGUCCUGCUGUUCCUCUGUGUUUGAUUCCUUUCUGAAUAACAGACUCCUCAAACUCUGCCAGAGUCCUGUUGUUGUCGAGGAGACGCUGCUUUCAGCUCGACUCACUGAGGUGACAACAGAGCUGUGCUGCCACCUAGAGGGCGUCGACACGACACAACACGCUUCGGGCUAAACAGCUUCCAGUUCAGCACAAACCCUCCGGCUCAGCGAGAGAAAAUCAAAGCCACAACAAUCGUACUCCCAGCAUCGCCAUGUAUGAGAUACUGACUGAAAAUGUAACUCGAGUCAAUAAAUGUAACUGCAACGCUGCAAAAAUACAGAAUGAGAGGGGAUCUGCUUGCACUUCAACUCCAAAUGGGCUCGUAUGUAUUCGUCCAUGUUUUCUGGGAUAAAGCACAUAAAAUUGUGUCUCUUUGUUUGGUCUAAGACAACAAAGGUUUGGAAGUCUGUUUGAGGACUGUUAGCCAUGCUGAAGAUAAUA